UAGAUUUCCUGACCCAAGGGCCCAAACCAAGCAGAAGCUAAAGCAUCCACACGUCCUAAAUGGAUGAGGCUAAGAACCGGCGGAUACUUUGCCCAUGACUACCAAAAUAGUGCAAACAGAUUCUAAUCUUGAAGUUACUCGGAGCGCAAUCCAACCCCUACGCACAACCAUGAAUCUUGAAUUGCUCAAAGUAGCAAGAUCAGGAGACAAAAGUAUUCUAUAUAACUUGCUUCCACCAGAAGAUGCAUCUUCCAAAGAUCCGAUGGGGGAGAUGCCGGAGGAUGCUGCGAUACAAGAAAAUACCAGCCGCCUCCUCAAAGUUACACUAGAGGAGAACACGGACCUCCAUAUGGUUGCUAGUCGAGGAUAUCUGGAGUCUGCCGAAAAUCUCUCUCCCAGUGUGAUGUCUCUUUUAACGGCACCAAACCAGAGGUUUGACACUCCGCUGCAUUGUGCCGCAAGAGUUGGAAAUAAUGACAUGGUCUCCUACAUCAUCGAUUUAGCAACAAGGCGUAACGUAAAAGAUGAAGUGCUAAGGGCGACAAACAAGGACAAGGCCAAUGCUUUGCAUGAGGCUGCCAAAUAUGAUCGUGUGGACGUGGCCAGGAUAUUGAUGGAAAAGGAUCCUGAACUAGCAUCCAUGCCAAACCGUUUCAAAAUGUCUCCCCUCUACCUGGCCAUAGUGUCAAGGUCUCUCAACGUAGCCAAAUUCUUACUGCAGUUUUCUCCAACAUCUUAUGAGGGUCCUAGCAACAAAACGGCAUUGCACGCAGCAAUUCUCAUAAGUCAAGAAAUUACUCAAGACUUGUUGCGUUGGAAGCCAAUGCUCAUCAAAUCUGCUGAUUCGUUGGGGAGAACUCCUCUUCAUUAUGCAGCUUCAAAUGGUGUUCAUGAUAUAGUGAAGCUAUUGUUAGAGAAGGAUUCCUCUACAGCCUACCUAAAAGAUGCCAAUGGCUUAUUUCCUAUACACAUUGCAGCUAGUAUGGAAAACGUUCUUGUGGUUGAUCAGAUUUUAGAACACUGCCCGGAUGCAGACGAAUUAUUGGACAAGGAGGGAAAGAAUUUUCUUCAUGUCGCUUUUAAAUGGAAAAGAUUAGAUUUGGUGAGGAAAAUUAUCUUAAAGAGACCGGAUCUCAGGAAGCUGUUAAAUGACCAAGAUUACAGCGGGAAUACGCCGUUACACACAGCUGUUGAAAACAAUGACCAAGGGAGCAUGCAUUUUCUUCUGCGGGACAAAACCGUACUUGUCAACAUUGUAAACCGCAAGUGCUUCGCCCCUCUCGACCUGGCUUAUGCAAAGUUGAAUGAAGACCUGCCAUUCCGGACGAAUUCAGCAGAAGUUUGCAUUGCAAGCUGCUUGGCUUCAAUAAAGGCUCAGUUCGGUCCGCAAGAAUUGCCUGAUUUAGAAAGCGGUGAAUUAUCCAGCGAUGAGGCCAAAGAGGAACCAUAUUCCAGCGACGAUAAUUUCAAAAAAAAAUCAUCUAGCAAUAAAGCCAAAGGGAAACUACCAUCCAGCAGUAAGGCCAAAGUGAAAUCAGCAUCCGGCGGUAAGGCCAGACGGAACCCAGCAUCCAGCAGUAUUAAGGCCAAAAGGAACCCAUCUGGAUCCAAAACAUCCCAACAAAAAGAAGAGGGCAAUGAAAUCGGGAGACAGGUGAAUUUAGCCAAAAAUCUCGGGAUCGCUGCGGUGUUAAUUGCUACGGUCACAUUUGCUGCUGGUUUCACACUUCCUGGGGGUUACAUAGCCGAUGAUCAUCCAGGACGUGGCACAGCAGUUCUAGCAAAAGAGUAUACCUUCAAGGUAUUCCUCAUCUCAGAUGCCUCCGCGUUGGUCUGCUCCAUCAUAGCCACAUGCUGGCUCAUGUAUGCUGGAACCGCGAUUAUUGAUAAACAUAAUCGCAGACGAGCCCUUUUUUGGGCUAUUUUUUACCUGUGGGCAGCAUUUGCUGGCAUGUGUGCUGCAUUCGCGAUGGGUAUAUAUGUAGCAUUGGGUCCCAGCUGCAAGCGCAUCAGCAUUCCUUUAUGCAUCGCGUCUCUUGGAGCCCCUAUUUUUGCUCAUGUGGUGGCAAAUUAUAACGUCUAUAGGAUGCUGGAAACAGUAAGAAUCAGGCAAGGGUAUAAAGAAUGUAUUUGGCCGACCAUACACCUGCAUGAUAAGAAACGCCUUCUUCAUAAUUCGCGGCCCAAUAGACUUGUCAUUGAUUUUCUACUUCUCACAUUGGGCACUUACGCCAUCUUUUUCCUAUUAGCGAUGCUGUAGGUGGGUAAAAAUUAGAACUAUUCAGCAUGUAUACGUGGCUGACAGAAGUCCGAAGAAUAGCUUGCGUAUUUUAUGGGCAAUAAUAUUUUAAUUAUUUU